AUGAGCUGCCCCAUUGACAAAAGGCGUUCCCUGAUCGCCUUCCUGAGCCGGCUGCGCGACCUCGGGCAGCCCCCUAGACCCGUGACAUCCAAGGCGUGCACUCCCCGCGCGCCAAAAGAGGUGCCCCUCUGCCCGCUGGUGACAAGUGGUCAGAGUCGGGACGCCACCUCCCUGCCUGGACCAACCAACUGGCCAUUGCUAGGCAGUCUACUGGAGAUUCUUUGGAAAGGUGGCCUGAAGAAACAGCAUGACACGCUGGCAGAGUACCACAAGAAGUACGGCCAGAUAUUCCGGAUGAAGCUGGGCUCCUUCGACUCGGUGCACCUGGGCUCGCCGAGGCUGCUGGAAGCGCUAUACCGUACGGAGAGCGCAUAUCCUCAGAGACUGGAGAUCAAACCCUGGAAAGCUUAUCGUGACCACCGCAACGAGGGCUACGGGCUGCUGAUCCUGGAAGGAAGAGAGUGGCAGAGGAUCCGAAGCGCCUUCCAAAAGAAACUAAUGAAGCCGGUGGAGAUCAUGAAGCUGGACAAUAAGAUCAAUGAGGUCUUGGCUGAUUUUAUGGGAAGAAUAGACGAGCUGUGUGAUGAAGGAGGCCGCAUCAAAGACUUGUACAGUGAACUGAACAAAUGGUCAUUUGAAAGUAUCUGCCUUGUGUUAUAUGAGAAGAGAUUUGGGCUCCUUCAGAAGGACGCAGAGGAAGAAGCUCUGACCUUCAUUAUGGCCAUCAAGACGAUGAUGAACACAUUUGGAAAGAUGAUGGUGACCCCCGUGGAGCUGCACAAGAACCUCAACACCAAAGUGUGGCAGGCACACACUCUGGCCUGGGACACCAUUUUCAGAUCAGUAAAGCCUUGCAUCGACAACCGUUUGGAGAAAUAUUCCCAGCAGCCUGACACAGAUUUCCUUUGUGAUAUUUACCAUCACAAUCAUCUCUCCAAGAAAGAACUGUACGCGGCUGUCACGGAGCUCCAGCUCGCUGCAGUGGAGACGACAGCAAAUAGCUUGAUGUGGAUUCUCUACAAUCUAUCCCGGAACCCCCAAGUGCAGCAGAGACUUCUUCUGGAAAUCCAGAGCGUGUUGCCUGGGAACCAGGCACCACGGGCGGAGGAUCUGAGAAGUAUGCCCUACUUAAAGGCCUGUGUAAAAGAAUCCAUGAGGCUUACCCCAAGUAUACCGUUCACAUCUCGGACUCUCGACAAACCGACAGUUCUGGGUGAAUACACUUUACCCAAAGGAACGGUGUUAAUGCUAAAUACCCAGGUACUGGGUUCCAGUGAGGACAAUUUUGAAGAUUCCAAGCAGUUUAAACCUGAACGCUGGCUUCAGAAGGAGAAAAAGAUCAAUCCCUUUGCCCAUCUCCCAUUUGGCCUUGGGAAGAGGAUGUGCAUCGGGCGUCGACUGGCUGAGUUACAGCUCCACUUGGCUCUUUGCUGGAUCAUUCAAAAAUAUAAGAUCAUGGCUACAGAUGAUGAGCCUGUUGAAAUGCUGCAUCUUGGCAUCAUGGUACCCAGCCGGGAGAUACCCAUUGCAUUCUGUCCACGGUAGAAU